AUGGUCGGUGUUCCGUACAGUAAAGGUUGCUUGCUUUGUGUAGAGCGACGCAUUAGGUGUGACCAGUCACGCCCGCAGUGCCUGCACUGUCUCAAAUAUGGCGUUUUAUGCCCUGGAUACGAGCGCCCUCGGCUCUUUCAGGACGAAGGUCCUCGCCUCAAACAGCGGUAUGAGAAGAAGUGCGCACUUCUCACUGGAAAUAAAGUCAAACUUGAGCGACCAGUCGUGCAGAGCAACGGCUUGAUACAAAAAUAUGGCUUAGCAAAAGCUUCGAUAGACGAGCGCAUUUUUCCAUCAUUGGUGCAUCAAUCCUUCGUUCUACAGCAGCCACGGAUGUUCAAGGACUUUAUAUGUGCUGCCUUUCCCACCAUGUUCUAUCAUAACGAGUUCCGUUUCGGAGAUGGGUUUACUUUUCCGGACUGGGUCAUGAAACACUUCGGUUCAAAGGAGUACUUUGAUGCAUCGGUCUCAAGUCUCUCUGCAGAAUACCUUGCCUAUCUCACAAAGGACGCGAGACUCCAUCAUUACAGCCGAGAAAAAUACUCUCAGGCUUUGGGGGCAAUCCGACAAGCCCUGAAUUCAGAUGAGACGUACUCGGAUUCUCUACUUAUUGCGGUAAUUCUCGUCUCGUUCUAUGAAAUGAACAUCCGAACGACUCCAGAUGGUUGGGUUUGUCACUCGAGAGCAGUGAAGCAUCUCAUGCUGAAACGUGGUAUGAAAUUCCACCUCUCUGGCGCCGGACGUGUCUGCCAUUUUGCAUACCGACCCUUUCUUAUCGCUGCCGCGAUUUACGAGUGCGAGCCCUGCUUUCUCGGGGAAGAUAACUGGCAGGAAUUGGCCGCUAUUCUCCGUACGGAAGACUCUCAAAAGCAGAGUCAAUGGUCAUUCUACAUUGAUGUCUACGAAGCAAUCUUCAUGGAGCUAGUAAAAUGUCCCGGCUACAUCAAGGAGGCCCGAGAAAUGUCCCCCUUACGCUUCGGUGAGACCAGCAUUCUAGCACACCAAAUUAACACGACGACCGAGCGACUUCGGAAACUGAGUGGCGAGCUGCGCUCACUGCUCGCAUCUGACAGUCAGCGAAAGCAGGGUAUCAUAUUUCGUAGUUUCGUUGGCCCAGAGCCCGACGCGUUCCCUGAAACAAGUCCCUCACUUAUUCUCAAUGCCGCUGUCAACGUCAUCGGUAUCCUUCAGCAACUUCUCAGCCGAUUGACUCCACCCAUUGAAGACAAGAAAGAAAUGCCUGCUUCUGGCUGUCAAGAUGCUCUUCAGUCGCCUAUUCUGCAACGGCAGGAAGUCGUCGAUUAUGAUUGUCUGAUUCCCCAAUUUCGUCUCACCUGCGAGCUUGGAGGAGGGAUUCAGAAAGAUGACCCGAGUGCUUUUACUUGGCUUGACCGAAUUGCAGGGUCAAUGGGGCUAUUAGGGGCUGCAAUCAUCUAUGAGAAUAUAGCCAGGGCUAGUUAA